UGCAUCAACCUGUACUCUGCAACAACAUCCCUAGGCGCUCACUCGCCCUAAGUACUUUUGGCCUUCCCAUGUCGCGCUUGAACAUAUAACAAGAACAGGCAAGCGUGCGCCCAUCCAAGAAUGUCAUACUUGGCAGAGCAACUCAAAGAGAAAGGCAAUGUUGCCUUCCGGAAUGGGGAGUACCACGAGGCCGAGGACUUUUACACACAAGCAGUCCAGAAGUACUCGCGGAAUCCGUUAAUCUUCACGAAUCGCGCCAAUGUCCGCCUGAAGCUACAGAAAUGGGAUGAUGUGGUAAACGAUUGUCUCAAAUCAAUAGAAAUCACUGGACCGAAUGGGCAGAACCACAAGGCAUGGUACUUCUUGGCGCAAGCGCAACUGGCGAUGCAUCAUCCUCAUGAAGCACUUUCCUCAGCACUGAAAGCCUACGAGCAAGUCUUACAUCCAGCGCCCGCAGCGAAAAUUAGCCCGCAAGAUCUCCAAACUUUCUCAAAUUUCGUCCUCAGAUGCAAAAAAGAAAAGUUCCGAGCUCGGGAUCGAGAACGACUGAAGCGACAAGGCGAGCUUCGAGCCGAACUGGAAGAAACGCUCGAAAGGCAACGACAGCAGGAGACUGAUGAGAUCGCCGCACAGCUGCAUCGUGGCGAACUUGGUCAAGUUGAAGCUUCGGAACGAAGUGAAGAAAUCCGGAAGCUCUACGAGGAUAAGAGUAAUACCUUACGCACAGUCUUCGAAAUUGCCGAUCCACAGAACAACAAACCGCGUGAGAUUCCCGAUCAUUUGAUCGAUAUGAUUACCUUUGAACCUAUGCAUGACCCGGUCAUGACGAAAAAUGGGCAUUCGUAUGAGCGAGCGACGAUACUGGAGCAUUUGAAACGCACGCCUACGGAUCCUUUGACGAGAGACCCUCUCAAAAAGGAAGACCUACGACCGAACUUUGGCCUCAAAGCCGCCUGUGAUGAAUUCUGGGACAGUGGAGCGCGAGAAUGGAUUACGGACUGGUGACUAUGCCACAAAGCGGAGUUUGACAACCAAGGAGUCCUUCGCCAUACUUUCGAUGUAGAUAUGUCGCCAAAGACUGCUCAUACGACAGAAGCUGCCUCGCCAGGAGCGGAACGUGCAGGAAAGCGAGAGCGGUUGAAGAAGUGGGCGCAGCGGACUUUCGCCCCUCGCGAUUCUGAUGUGCAGAU